AUGCAUGAUAUCAUUCAUGAUCUUGCUGCUUAUGUCAUGGGAGAUGAAUUCAUAGUAAUGAAGCUUGGCCAUGCAUCAAAUAGUCUUGCACAAGCACCUCAUUCGUCACUAGUUGGCUGUUCUGAAUUGCCUUUAUUCCCAGAUACCUUAUGUGAAGUGAAAAAUGCACGAACGCUUAUGAUGUUUUUUCCUAAAGGUGACAUUAGAGAAGUCCCUCCACAAAUGUUCUCAAAUUCCAGGUACCUUGAUUUCUCACAUACUCGGUUACGAACAUUACCUAGCUCUACAGGCAGCCUCUAUAACUUGCAGACUUUAAGUCUUUUUGAAUGCUAUAAUCUACUGGAAUUGCCAAAGAGCACAAGAUGCUUACUUAGCUUGAGGCAUCUCAACAUAAAAGGUUGUGAAUCAUUGACUCAUAUGCCAACCAGGGUGGGGGAAUUAAGAAAUCUUCAAACCUUGCCAAUGUUUAUUGUGGGCAAUGGAGUUGGGGAAAGCAUCAAAGAGCUGCAAUGCCUAAACAUUCGGGGAGAGCUAGAUAUCAAAAACUUGGAGAAUGUGAACAAUGCUAUAGAUGCCCUUGUAACUAACUUGAAAGAGAAGCAAAACAUUUACUCACUGGGAUUAUCUUGGGGAAAUAAUGUGGAGGAUCUACAGGAGAAGCACAGUAGACCACUUUGGCCAUCAAGACAGCAACAUCAUCAUGCUGAAUUCACGAGAAACAGUGAAGACAUCCUUGCAUAUCUCAAUCCAAAUUCGAACGUAAAAAGAUUAUCCAUAACAAGGUACCCAGGAAUUGCAUUUCCAAAUUGGAUAAGGGGUGAUGCCUUACCAAAUCUCACUACGGUUAAGUUGAUCAAAUGUGCCAGACGUAAGCAACUCCCUUCUCUUGGGGAACUUCCCUGUCUCAAAUUUCUUUACCUGAAUGGAUUGCACAUGACACAGAAGAUUGGCAUUGAGUUCUAUGGUAAAGACACAACUGUGCCAUUCCCAACACUGAAAUAA